AUGACCGUCUACGCCAUUGCAACUCUUAACAUCCAUGACCGCUCAACCUAUGCCAACUAUGAAAGCGGUUUCAUGGCAGUGCUGGAAAACUAUGACGCCAGAGUUCUUUCUGUAGAUGAAAGCCCCUUAGUGCUGGAAGGCCAAUGGACCUUCACGCGCACUGUCAUCGUGGAGUUUUCCGACGCCGACGAGCUGCAGCGCUGGUAUAACAGUGAUGGAUAUCAGGCGAUUCUGACACAUCGCAAAGCAGCUUCUGACGGCAAUGUUGUGGUGGUGAAUGGAUUGCCGGCAUGA